GUUGGCGGGCAGCAGCACGGCCGGCAGGGUUAGGGCCCACACCAGGGCACAGAGGAUGACCGAGGUGUGUCUGGGCCGGCAGCCCUGGUAGCAGGCGGGGAAGAGGUCGGAGAGGCAGCGCUCCACGCUGAAGGCCACCACCAGCCAGAGCCCCACUGCGAACCACAGGAAAAACACUGGACAGUGAGAUGUUCUUGAAAAGAGACUUUUUCCUUCCACGGACUGCGUUCCGCAGCUCCUGAGUGGGGUGCAGAGUGUGUUAGCUCAAGCCGGAAAUUCGGUCAUAAAGAUGCUGUUUCUCUUCACAUUUCUCAAAUGGACUUGGCUUCGGAAAUCACUUCUGUAACACAAACCAGCAGCCUGUGGGGCUCUAGGCGGGCUGCUGGCUACCCAGCUCCCAGCAUUGUUGCACAUGGCUUUGAAACGCACAGCGCAGCUCGUGUGGCCCAGGGGCACCUCCUACCACCCUGCUUGCUGGCUGCACCCCAGAUGCUGGUCCUCGCUGGUCUCCAGGACCUCUCCUGGCGUGGCUCUACCUCCUCCUCGAGGUCACUGUCCAGGCCUGUUUCAACCAGCCCCUCCAAGGCUUCCUUAUCUGCCUCCUGUUUGGGUGAAACUUUGAGUAUCUCUGUUAACUUAGUUGGUAGCUCUGGUCACCUGCAGUCACCAGGGGCCCAGAGGGACGCACAGAGGGAGACCACCUGCCUGGGUCCCUCCUGGCCGCCUUGCCAUCAGGGGUGGGAUGGGGAGCUCAGCGUCAGCCACAGUGCGCAAGGUGAAGAGUUUUGAUCCUUCGCACAUCCUCAAGCCAGGCAGGGCGCCUGGCUUCUAUCCCAGGUAGCAGUCUCCUAUCCCAGGUCUCCAAUGGCGACCGCAACCCUGUGCCUGUGGAGGGCUUCCCCUGUCUAAGGGCCACUGGGAGUGGGAUGGCCUAAUUUCUGGUGUCGCUUUCUAUUGGGCACUUCAAGGAGUGCUGGGCAAGGACAGUUGUUUGAGGCAGCUUGGGGUGAAGCUCUUAGGGAGGACGUCCUGUGCAGCUCGGCCAGCCCCGGCCAGGCCCAGACAGCCACCAACCAUGGUUUCUCCAUCACCCCAACCCCUCCCACAGCCCCUUCUCGUGUUUGCCCACCGUCUAGGCCAGCUUCCGCUUUCUCGCCUGGCUGGGUGUCCCCCGUGGGGCAUGGGUGUCGGCCCCGCCAAGGCUGGGCUUCAGUCCAUCUUGUUCUCUCUGGGAGGGGUCUGGUGCGGGUGGAAUGCAUGGGGGGAGCCUCCGUUGGGGGAGCAAUUGCUCCCGGUGUUGCAAGGAGGACAGAGCCAAUGCCCACCCCAUCCAUGUCAUGGCCGACGGUGGCCUCAGAAGAUGUGUCCACGUCCCAGUCGCUGGAAGCUGUGCACGAGCUCUUCCUGGAGAAAAGGGCCUUGGCAGAUACAUGGAUUUUGAGAUGAGCUUGGCCUGGAGUAUCUGUGUGGGCCCUAAAUGCAAUGACAAGUGUCCUUAUACAGGAAAGGAGAGGAGGAACGCUGGAGAGCAGGGGGAGGCCACGUGAGGUUGGAGGCCAGCAGGGGUUACACAGCCACAGGCCAAGGAGGGCCAGAGCCACCAGGAGCUGAAAGAGACGAGACAGCACCUUCCCCUGGAGCCCUCGGGGAGCGCGGCCCGGCUGCCAUCUUGACCUCAGACUUCUGUCCUCCGUAACCAAGAGAAUCAAGUCCUGCUGUGU